GUCGUUUCUGCGUCAGUUUCCCGGGGAACGGCAAUCAAAAUACCUUUAUGUAACAUCCACAUUCAGCAUGGAAGAUGCAUUUGUCAGCUAAGGAUGUUGUAGACGGCUCCGCAGUCUGCUCCUCGCCGGCCAGGAUGAAUGGAGAGCUUCCAAAUGCCAACACUCCGGUCACCACCUUGGCUGGCAUGUUCAGCCUCUCCGACUUGCUGCCGGAGCUGCCGCUGCCGACGCCGAUGGAGGCGUCGCUCAGCAGCCGGUCGCUGCUGUUCCACCCGCGCGUGGCCGAGGAGGCGCGCCGGCUGCUGACGGUGCGCGAUAGCAGCCUGGUGCCGCAGCUGGCGCAGGCGCUCACCAACACCUCCGCCGAGCACAUAGAGCUGAAGGAGCCGCCGCCGGCCGAGACCGCCAGCUCUCCGGCGCUCGAGCCGGAGCUGCUGCGGGCGCUGCGCCAGCUCGACAGCCAGCUUCUAUCGCACCCGGCGGUGACCAACCACACGGCGGAGCGUACCGGCAGCCCGGCGGUGGCGGCGGCGGCGGCGGCCACCGCCAGCCCGGCCGGCACACCGGCGCCGCCGCCUGCAAAGUCGCCGGCGGCGGCGGGCGGCGCGACACCGGCGCGGCCCGAUACCGCCUCCCCGGCGAGCGCCGCCGACAGGACGGUACCCAGUGUGGCGGACGGCGCGGCGCCGCCGGCACACGCCGAAAAGACAGUGGCGGCCGAGCAGUCGGCGGCGGAUAAACUCACAGUGGAUGGGCCGGCGGCGGGCGAGCCGCCCCCGGGCGCGCCGCCGCCGCCGCCGCCCCCUGCGCCGCCCGUUGUGUCUAGUAACGGUGUGAUAGCGGACGUUAAGGAGGAGCCACCGUCGGCCGCGGCGGCGGCGUCGCCGCUCCCCUCCGGCGGCAGUGCGCCUGGCUCGGUGAACUCUGUAGUGAAAACGGAGCCCAGCCCGUCGCCGGCACAGACAUUGUUCGGUGGUAGUGCGGCGGCAAAGGACGAGGCCAAGACCAGGAAGCCCAUGGUGCUACUAAGGAAUAACCCUGAGGACGAGGCGCUGAUGAAAAAGUGCUUGGAGGACCUGAAGAAAGUCAAACAGAGCGAGUCGAGCGGCGCGGCCGGCCGGGGUGCGCGCCGGUUUAAGUGCAAUGAAGUGAGCAGUGAGAGCGAAGAGGAGGACCGACCACGCAACAAGUACUUCAAGGCCAAGGAGAAGGAGCGAGACCUCGCCAAAAAGAAAGAGAAAGAGGAGCGGAAACGAAAGCGUCAGGAUGGCGACAACCAGCAGGAAGAGGACGCGGAGAGUGCAGCCAAACGCAUCAAACGGGAAGAAGAGCUCGUGGAGCGUAUUAAAAACUCGAAGCGCUUCGAGCGCCGCCUGGUGCCCACUCUGGAGAAGCUCAGUGCUGAGGAGCUGAUGGAAACCAACACGUACCAGCGCUUCAACCAGUCGCUGGAGCUGAUCCUGGACGGUGCUGAGGAGCUGGAUCUCAUGGCUGAGCAGGACGAGGACGACGACGUACCCCAGGAGGCGCUCAUCCAAAAGUACCGACUCCAAGAGCUGGUCAGCGAGGCCGCCAAGCUGAAGUCGCUGGGAGCCAUGGAGUCGGUGCCACCCGAGCGGCUGGUGCGCGCGCUCGGCAUCCUGGAGAUGAACGUGCGCGACGGCGCGCAGAUCACGCCGCUGGGCGAGGCGGAUGAUGGCGAGGAGGAGAGUCGGCUCUGGAUGGAAAUAGCCAUGGAGCGGGUGGCGCGCGGCGCCGACGCCUCGCUGGUCAUCAUGUACAUCCUCACCUCGCCCGGCAUGCCGAAACGCGUCUACCUGGAGGACUGCAUCGAGCGCGUGGUGAAGUUCAUGAAGUUUCAGCUGCAGAACACCGUGUACCCGGCGUUUGAUCCCGUCUACAGGGCGCCCUCUAAGAAAGGCGGCGGCAGCAGCAGCGCCAAGAAGAAGCGCGCCCACGCCAAGGACGUGCGCGACCGCAGCAUCCUGUCGCUGUACAACAAGCUGCGCGAGCUGGUGGCACUGACGGCCGAGCUGCUCAACAUCCAGGUGCUGACCGACACGACGGUGCUGCAGGUCUCCAGCCUGGGCGUGGCGCCCUUCUUCGUGGAGAACAUCAGCGAGCUGCAGCUGUCGGCGCUCAAACUGGUCACCACGAUUUUCUCCAAGUACCAGAAGCACCGUCGACUACUGCUGGACGACAUCCUCGCCUCGAUCGCACGCCUGCCCAGCAGCAAGCGGUCGCUGCGCACCUACAAACUCAACUCGUCGGGCCCGGGCGAGGCGGACGUUCACAUCCAGAUGCUGACGGCGCUGGUGCUGCAGCUGAUUCAGUGUGUCGUCGUGCUACCCAACUACCUGGCCAAGACGGCCGUGGCGCCCGCCGGUGACCAGGAGCACGGCGAUGAAGAGAAGGAGAUCGAGAUCGACCGUGACGUGCUCAUCAUGGACCGCUACGACACGGCCAUGCGUACGGCACACAGCUUCCUCUCGGUGUUCCUGCAAAAGUGCGGCAGCAAAAACGAGGAGAUUGACUACCGGCCGCUGUUUGAGAACUUCAUCCAGGACCUGCUGGCCACGGUGAACAAACCCGAGUGGCCAGCGGCCGAAUGUCUGCUCAGCCUGCUCGGAAAACUGCUGGUGGCCAACUUCAGUAACAAGAGCAAGGAGAUGGCGCUGCGCGUGUCGUCGCUCGACUAUCUGGGCGUGGUAGCGGCCCGGCUCCGGCGCGACGCCGUCACCUCCACGGCGAGGCCCGAGCUCAUUGAGGAAAUCAUCAGCGAGGUGAAGCGCGAAGAGCGGGCCGCCGGCCUGGGCGCCCCGCAGGACGAAAAGGAGACGCCCGCCGCCGAGAGCAAGAAGGAGAAGAAAAAGAAAAAGAAGCACGGCGACUCUGAGUCUCCGGGCGGCAGUCUGGCUGUCACUGACGCCGAGGAGGAGAGGACGCGGUUCCUGCAGCGAGUGCUGCUCGACUACCUGGCGGUGAGCGCCGAGCGCGACCCGGCACUGCUGCACUGCCGCCAUUUCUACCUGGCUCAGUGGUACAAGGAGGCGCCGCAGGAGAUCCUCCGACAGAAGCAGGGCCCGCAGCCGACCGCCUCGCCCACCAAACGGCACAAGAAGCGCCGCAAGCGGCGCGGCAGCGACUCGUCGGACGAGGAGAGUGAGGAGAGUGACGAGGAAGCUGACGAGACGGCCGCCACCGAGGAGAUGAAGCGCGAGGUGAACGCGCUGGUGGAGGGCCGCCGCCAGCUGCUGCUCACCAAGGUGGCGCCGUUCGGGGAGACGGGCGGCAAGGUGGGCAUCCGCACACUGCAGACCUACCUCGACUACGACCACGCCGAGCUGCUCUGCAAGUACCUGGCUAGCAAGCGGCCGUUCAGCAGGAGCUUCGACGUCUACCUGAAACAGAUAAUCCGGGUGCUCUCCGAGUCGGCGAUCGCCGUGCGCACCAAGGCCAUGAAGUGUCUGACCAUGGUGGUGGAGGCCGACCCGGCCGUGCUGGCGCGUACUGAUAUGCAGAUCGGCGUGCACAACUCCUUCCUAGACCACAGCACCAGCGUGCGAGAGGCGGCCGUCGAUCUGGUUGGCAAGUUCAUCCUGUCGCGGCCCGAGCUCAUAGAAAAGUAUUACGACAAACUGUCGGCCAGGAUACUGGACACUGGUGUGAGUGUGCGAAAGCGUGUGAUAAAGAUUAUGAAAGACAUUUGUGUGGAGUGUCCGGACUUUCCCAAGAUUCCCGAGAUCUGCGUGAAGAUGAUUCGGCGCGUGAAUGAUGAGGAGGGUAUCCGGAAACUCGUCAUGGAAGUGUUUCAGCUGAUGUGGUUCACGCCGGUGAGGGAGCAGCGCGACCGUCGGGAACAGCAGGACGACAGUAACCCGGUGCUGCUGAAGAAGGUGAUGGACAUCACCGACGUGGUGGUGGCCUGUCGGGAGACGGGCCUCGACUGGUUCGAGCAGCUCCUCAACACGCUGUUCAAGCCGAAGGAGGACAAGGAGGACAGCACCAAGGUGGUGUUCGAGCCGCCCAAGUCGCUGCUGACGGCCAGCCGACAGAUCGUCGACUGUCUGGUGCAGCACAUCCUGCGUAUCGAGGAGUCGGGCCUGCAGGACCGCGCCGCCGACACGGGCGCGGCCGUCAGCCGCGGCAGCUCCCAGCGCUUGGUGGCCUGUCUGAACACACUGUACAUGUUCGCCCGCAUCCGCCCGCAGCUGCUAGUGCCGCACGCCAUCACACUGCAGCCCUAUCUGGCCGUCAAGUGUCAGACGCGCGGCGACUACCAGAUUAUCUCACACGUGGCGCGCACGCUGGAGCUGGUAGUGCCGCUCAUCGAGCACCCGAGCGACACGUUCCUGGCCGAACUGGAGGAGGACAGCGUCAAACUGAUCCUGCAGCACGACAAGACGGUGGUGGCCAGCUGCCUGGCCUGCCUCGGAUCCAUUGUCAACCGGGUGACGAAAAACUUUAAACUCAUCCGGGACUGCUUCAGGAAGUACUACGGUCACCUCAAGUCGUACAAGCUGAUGCACGAGUCGCAGCCGACCAAUCCGAUGCUGGAGAAGCACAAGCCCUACUUCCGUCGGGCGCUCUACACCGUCGGACUGCUGCUGCGCUACUUCGACUUCGGCGACGAAGAAGUCCGGAAGGGCCUCAACGACGACAUCGUGGACGAGGUGCUGGAGACGCUGCUGUACUUCGUUAACCAGCCGGCACCGGACAUGCAGAUGUUCACUCUGCAGGCGCUUGGCUUCAUCGUGAUCCGGCACUACGACAUGAUGCUGAGCGAGCGUGUGAAGCAGCUGUACCACGGCUUCCUGCAGCAGCCGGACGUGAGCAAGCAGCUGAAGGCGCAGGUGCUCAUCAACCUGGAGACCUACCUGGUGGAGGAGGAGCGGCGCAUGAUCCAGCAGGACGAGGAGUGGUCGAAGCGCGCCAAGGAGGAGAACCUGAAGGAGAUGGGUGACGUGUCGUCGGGCAUGGCGUCGACGGUGAUCCAGCUGUACCUGAAGCAGGUGCUGGGCUCCUUCCUGGAUGCGUCAGUGGCCGUCCGGCACGCGGCGCUCAAGGUGAUCCAGCUGAUCCUGGCACAGGGCCUGGUGCACCCGGUGCAGAUCGUGCCCUACCUCAUCUGCAUGUCGACCGACCCGGACGAGCGCGUCUCGCACACGGCUGACAAGCAGCUGCAGGAGAUCGAGAAAAAGUACCCGGGCUUCAUCCAGAUGAAGGCCACGGCCGGCAUCCGGCUCUCGUUCGAACUGCAGAAGAUCCUGCAGGCCAAGUGCGAGGUAACGCGAGGUCUGAAGCUGCGGGAAGGUGAGCCGCCGGCCGCCCUCAACGGCUUCCUCUACUCCAUCAUGAGGACGUCGAAGCAGCAGCGGCGCGCCAUCGCCAUCUCCUGCCUAAGGAAUUUCGACGAGCACGCGCGGAAGUCGCUCCAAGAGCUACUGUACCUGGCCGACAACCUGGCCUACUUCCCCUACCAGGUGGCGGACGAGGUGCUGUUUAUCAUCCACCAGGUGGAUGUGAUGGUCUCAGUCACGGGCAGCACGAUCCUGCAACUGGUGCGCGAGGCGCUGCUACCGCCGGCCGGCCAGCCGGUCCGCUACCACCCAGAGACCGGGCAGCCCAUACCUUACGAGGAUGAAGAUGAUGACGACGAACAGCUGCUGGAGCGGCUUCCCGACGAUCUGACGCCCAUCAAGGACGCGUUAGCCGCCUCUGAGGGUUGUAACCUGCUGCUCGUCAUGAAACAGCACCUCAAGGAGUUUUACGGUAUCACAGACAACAAAAUAUCACAAUACUCUCCGUCCGAGUCUGGCAAAGCCUACGAGAAGGCGGUCAACCGGCGAGCCACGGUGGUGUUCAAACCGGCCGUCACCAUCAAGUCGAUCAAGGCCCAGGAGCGCGAGGGUGCCGCCCAGAAGGUCAGGGAAGAGGACGGAGAGGAAGAGGAGGAGGAAGAGGACUCGGAGGAGGACGAGGCCAAGAGGAAGCUCAUCGCCCAGUACCUGAACUUUAAGCGUCUGAUGCUGCACAUCGACCCGGCCGACGAGGAUGAUGAGGACGACCGGCCGGCGGCGCCCGGCAGCUCUGCCCUCCGACCCGUCCCCGGAACCCCGUCCGUGUCGGCCACACCGCAGCCGGGCCGCUCCCCGCGCGGGGACGGCGCGCCGCCGCCCGCCGCGCCGCCGCCGCCGCCGCCGCCCGAGCAGCCGGCGCCGCCGCAGCAGCCGCUGCCGCCCAUCAUCCUGUCGCUGAGCGCGCUGAAGUCGCAGGCGGCGGCGGCCUCGGCGGCGGAGAGCGGCCGAGAGAGGAGGGAGGGCCGCCACCACCAGACGGCGCCUCGCACCCCGCCCGCCGCGGUGGAGCCGCCGCGGGUGGCCAAGCUCACCAUCGUGCCGCUGCACUUCCCCGGCGACGAGGCCGUCAUGCGACACCACAAGCACAAACACAAAAAGUCGGACAAGCACAAGAAGAAAAAGAAGAAGAAGAAGCGGCGCGAUACGAGUGACGACGAGGACGGUGACAGUGACGGCGGCAGCGACCCAGACUUUGCCGUGUGAGCGCCGGCGCCGCGUCGUCGUCGUCAGUCGCAUCACUCCCUUUCUCUCUCUAUCUUUCCAGUACAAACCAGCGUCCGCCGAGGUCGUUCGUUCAUCGAGAAUCGCCCAUGCCAUCGUGCGUCGCGUCGCGUCGCGCCGCGUGUAGAUAUCGCGUCGAGUUCAGUGUACAUGUGCGUUGCUGUUGGUGUCGGGCAGCCGGCCCGGUGUGGCGGCUCGGUCAGCUCGUUGGACAGAUGGUGGCUGGCCGGGGGCGCUGCGGUUCGAGGGAGCAAGGGUGCCUAUAAAGAAAUUAUGUCCGACGAGCAAGGCCAGCGAUAGAUUUUAUCGGCAGAGGCCGUCGGCCGGAGGUGGGCGCGCGCGGCCGCCAGUGGUGCCGCUCGCGCAGGGCGGACGGUAUGCAAGAAGCCGAGAGAGCGUGAUGUGGGCGCCGGCCGGCACCAAUCAUGGGCGGCCCGGCGCGUUUUGUUGUGAUUUUUGUAGUUGAUUUUUCCAUUCAUGUAGCUAGUUGGUUGAUCUAUUUAUUUUCGAUUGAAACGUUCGUUUUGCAACCGCCAGGUCUAGGUCUUAUCCAAUAGACAUUUAUGUAUUUUGAUUAUAUUCUUUGAUACAUAAAACUGGAACCAAUGUA